AUGAUUUUCCGCAAUACAAAACCAUCACGUCCGGACAAUCACGCAAAGUCCUUUCGAUACUUGUUGGAUGCAAGAACAAAUGUGGUUGAUAUGCCUAGUUCUAAGUUUCAUCGAGAUAAGUUUGAGUCAAUUGUGGAUGCUAAUGAUCGUCUUUUGGAAAGAUUGGACUCCCAAAAUAGUUCCCAGCUUGAAAAUUCCUCCGACAAUGUUCUCACCUUGAUUUCAUCCCCGAACUUGAUCCGACCACAGAGUCAAUUUUCAACCCCGCCGGAUAAUUCGCCUGCUCCUUUUAGGCCAAAGCUUAUCAACAAGCCCCAUAGCCUUGUGGCGUUAUCUGCUACGCAAUUUCCGGAGGACGGCACAGAUUAUCCACAUCCAUAUCAGGUUGAACUAGAGCAUUUCGCCUCCCGUAUCAACGAUUGGGAACCCGUGUUGUCAGAAGAUUUACCCGGACCGUUGGAUUCCCGGUAUGAAUUCGUGAACCAACUCGAUCAGCUCCAAAGGGUGAUAACCGAAUUAUCCGCUCAUCGCGCGGUGGCAGUUGAUUUGGAGGUAGAUUAUUGUGUCCUUUCCAAAACUUGA